AUGUCAUGGCCUAAUUGGAUUCAGCCUUAUGUUGAGGUAUUACUUUUAUGGAUUUCAUGGGCUAUUGAUUAUAUUGACUGGGAUUACCUCGAGUACCUUGCCUGGCUUUUCCUUCCUAUUUUCAUAAUUUUUAUUAUACCCAUAUUGGUACUUUUUUUUAUCUAUGGAUGUAUUAUUUUUUUACACAUAUAUCGCUUACGACAUCGUAUACGUGAGGCUUAUGCAAGUAGUUACUGGGAUGGUGCACGCAUAAGUAUAACUUCAUUUUGGGAUGCUGUUGGAUAUGUUUGGCAUGGCUAUGAAAUCCACGGUUUAGAAAAUGUGCCAGAUAGUGGACCAGCUUUAUUUGUUUAUUAUCAUGGCACAUUACCGAUUGAUGUUUAUUACGUUAUUUCCAAGUGUUUAUUGUAUAAAAAGCGUACUCUUCAUUGUGUUGGAGAUAAAUUUAUUUUCAAAAUACCUGGCUGGGGAAUGCUGUGUAAAGUAUUUUUUAUAACACCUGGCACUGUUGAAGAUUGCAUCAAAAGGUUGAAAGACGGUCAUUUACUUUGUAUUGCACCUGGUGGUGUUCGUGAAGCGCUCUUUUCUGAUUCAUCAAGAUAUAAUCUAAUUUGGGCUCAACGUUUGGGGUUUGCAAAAGUAAUUAUCGGUUCAUCAACGCCAGUUAUCCCCAUGUUCACUGAAAAUUGCCGAGAUGCCUUUCGAACUCCGCGCUGGGGAAGAAGAAUGUUUCGAUGGAUCUAUGAAAAAACAAAGUUGCCUUUGUGUCCAAUUUAUGGCGGAUUUCCGGUAAAAAUGAUAACACAUUUGGGGAAACCGAUUGAAUUUGCUUUCUCAUCAACACCUGAGGAGGUCAAAAGUCGCAUGUUAAGGGAAGUGCAUGAUUUAAUACGAGCCCAUCAAAGGCUUCCUGGUAGUAUAAUUCGAGGAAUAUUGCAGAGGUUAUUUCAGUUUCAUACAACAGCGGAUGCUUCAUCUAAAGCCAAGACAAAUUUUAAAAGUCCAUUAAUUUUUUAA